GUCACUGCAAUGCAGUAGAGGAGCCCAUGGCAGACUAACUCAAUUGCUGAUUGUCCAGGCUAAUCGGACGACACAAGGUGAUUCAAAAUGCUUGAGGUUAUAAAUCUCCGAGAUGGUGAAAUUCUUCCCCAUCCGCUGUGCUUGCUCAGGGUUGUUGGAGCUCAGGAAGAGUCCACUUGUGCUGCAAUCCACAACCAGAGUGAUGACAGCCGAAAUGGGAAGUUGUGGAAGAUUCACCAGGGAGGAUUCAAUGCUUUAGUUCCACUAGUUGCUGGGAAGAAUGCUCUGCGAAUAAUUUGUGGAACAGAGGAACUGACCAUACAGGUGGAAUAUAAGCCUCAGCAGAUCCCAAGGUUUAUUCGUCUAGUUUAUAUAACCUGCUUAAAUGAAGAGAAGUUUCAGGGCCCAAAGGAUAUGGAGAGAUCUCCAAACACAGCUGUUCGGAAAAUCAGAACUGGAGCUCUUGUCCUACAGACUUUCAUAGCAGAAACUCUGGCAGCAGAGGGUUUAGGUCGACGAACUGUUCGUUAUGAACUAGAUACAGAAGGAAACCCUAUUGUUCAUGUGAUCCAGCUUCCUUUGACUAUUAAAGAAGCACAUAAAUUUACAGAAGAACGUUUAUGGGAGACGGCAGCUUUGCAGAUAUUGUCAUCUCAUUUAGCAGAUAAAAACUGCAAAUAUGUUGCAUUUUUUGGUGGCACAAGGUACCUCAAUCAAGAUAAGUUAACACCAAAAGAUGAAACAGAAAUAAUGUCCCUUACCAAAGGACAUGUGUCAUUAGGAGGUGGUGGCUUAGCAUUGGUUGGCACUGGAGCCCUUUACACCUGGGCAACAAAUGUUGAUGAUGUAAUUGAUGGAAUGCGAGACCAGACACCCAUUGAUAAGGCUGUCUUAAUGGACUUCAGUGCUGGAAGGGGAACUUGGGGAGCGAGUUAUGGCACUCACUUGGGGUCGGUCCUACAUGAGCUGGCUCACACCCUAGACCUUGGACACACUCCACAUGGCAUUAUGGCCAGAGGCUUUGAGGAUCUCCAUGUUUUCUUCACCACCACUAAACUAACUUCUGAUUAUCUCCCACAAUCACCCCACCACAGCUCUGUGAUGAGGCAGUCUAUGUCAAGCUCACUGAUCAAGGAAUCUGUUACAUUCACAACUGACUUUGUACGAAGAAUUCCUCUUGACAAUAUUAACAUGACUGUAGCACCACCUAAGGAGCCCAUAGCCUCAAGUGGAGUCUACAGCCCCCCACGUUUCACAAGGAGAUACCCAUCAAAGACCCUUGACUCCAGCACUGGCUCUACACUCAGUAUUGAGGACUCACUGUCAUCUUCCCAGACACACAAAAACACUUGUAGCCGUCCUUUGCUAAAUUCCCCCUCACCAAAUCUAACAAACAGCUUAGCUAACAACAAUAAGCUUCAGGAACCUGAUGGAAGUAAAUGCAGGGCUUUUUGGGCAAGGUCGAGUGCUGUUAUCCUCGCAUUCCACAAAUAUCUUCCCAUUGGUUUAAGAGUCAGGAGAAGACAUAAGAUUCAUGAAAAUGUUCCUCCACCUAGUAACUUGUCAUUUAUUUACAGAUCUGUUGUAUGCAGUACAGCUGGUAUCCGGGUGGUAGAAUUGCGUGACCUCCACACCAUGGCUUUCCACCACUGGGAAUUUGUCACUCGACCCCCUCCACCAGUUCUGCACUUGCCAUGGGCACAGGUGGCACACUGGCCUUCAGAUACACAUAUUGAGGUUGUGGCAGAGGACAGUCAAGGAAAUAUUCUGAAGGGAUGUUUCAUGCCACGCCCCCUCUGAGGCGAUUUCCUUUUUAGUAGUUAAUUAGCUGAUAGUUGCAAACCUGCAUUUAUCUCUCCUGAAACUGUACUGCAAGAGCAUCAGAUUUGAUGAAGUUUCAUCACCUGAUUAUUCACAUAUAUCUGUAACUACUUGAUUUAUUAAUUUUGAAUGCAGUUUAUGUGGUGGUGGUCAAAUUGUGCUUAUAAUGUCUCAGAGAGAAUCUCAUCUUGAAAAUACUUAACAGCUACUAGUUUAGCACUCACAUAGUUAGUUCCUGUCAUGAUACAUGUGGUUGACUGUGAAGUGAGUACUUGCUAAAGGAAAUUAGGAAGUCAUUAAUAAGCUGAUGGAAUGCCUGUAUGCUGCCAUUGCUCCCUGAUUACCAUAGUCCUAACUAAGGUAUGUCAAUUCUGUAUUAUAUCAAUUUUAGUUUGUUACAGAUUUUUUCCUAAGAACUUUCCAGAUGCUUUUCCCUUAUUAUUUUUGUCACUAUAAAAAGAAAGUUGUGUAUAGAUUAAUCCAGACUGUGACAUACAUAUUUUACCAUAGUGGGAAUCUCAUUUACUCUAAUUUUUAAUUAAUUUAUUUAUCUAAUGGAAAAAGAGGAAAAAGGCUAUAUGAUUUUUAUAUGCAGUGAAUAUUAAUUUUCAUUAAUGUUGAAAGUUACUCAUUAUUAUAGAGAAUUGUCUGUAAACUGUAAGCAAAAGAAAAUUUUGCCUUCAUCUGCUUAGGAUUAACACAGACUUUACUCAUAUAUACUUUUUGUAAGUGUUUGAUCUCAUUUAGAUUGUCAGUUGCCUUGCAAAGUUCUGAUAUUGUAUUGUGAAAUAUUUCAUUUAAAAAUUUAAGCAAUUACUGCUUAUUGCUAGACAUAUUAUUAUGGUUUUCCACUGUAGUUUAUAAGAGAGGAAAGUCUGCAAUAAAACAGUUUUAGGUAUUAUAUUUUCCAAAUAGAUAUUUGCUCAAAUAAACAAAGUAGAUGAUUUUUUGCAGUGGGUUAAGGGUAAAUGCAUAGGUUAAUUAUCUCUGGUUCAAAGGAGACGAUAGGAGCUUUGUUUCCCCCACAAGGGAAUUUUCAUGGGGUAAAGUUUCAGAUGCUUUUUGUUUGUCAAGUACUGGUUAGCCUCUGGGUUAAUACAGUGGUAACGUGUCGGCCUCUCAUCCGAGGGGUCGGCGGUUGGCGCCCUGCCUAGGCAUGAGAAGUUGCAAUUGUCACCUGAAGGUUACUGCUGUGGCUGGGCACCACGGCGGGUAAGGACUGAGCUCAUCUGAGUCAGCACCAGGUGACACACGUUAGCGAGUUGGCAUUAGUCGACACAGGCCGGGCUCCCAUCAUGGGCAUAGCCCGGGCGAUGCUCAGCUUCGCAUAUCAGACUUAUCCUUAAGUACUGGUUAGCAUGUUUUAAGAAAUCAGGAUAUUUACUUCCUCAUUGGAAGAAAUAAGAAAGCUUCCUUUAGCAGGCAAAAAGUGCUUUAAUAUGCAGUGAUUUAUCAUAAGUUAGAGCACUAUUAUUAUUAUUUUAUUUAUUAAGAAUUUGUUCUUACCUGUAUGAUUGUGUACCAGUAUUUGGAAGUGAAUGGCCAUUACAUUAGAUGCCAUCAGAGUCCAGUGUUUUUAUAACAAGUUAUGGAACUGCAUGUUGGAAAAUUUUAAAUAAUAUCCAUCAUGUAUUACCUGGCACCAUAUUCGUGAUUUUAUGUACAAAGAGUUUUAUGUUUCUGUUUAAAGUGUUCACAAUGUGUAAUGGACAGAAAGUUUUCUUCCUGACAUACUUUGCUGCUCUCAUAUGACAUUCAUGUUUGAGAAUUCAACUGAAAGUUGCUCCAAGUAUGAUAUUUUCCAUGUCUCAUUGGAUGAUAAAAGGCUACAUAUCUUACUAUUUACAUAGUGUUCCAGUUAAAUAUUGUUUAUUUAAUAUUGUGGCAUGACUUGUCUUGGUGAAGUGUGGGAAUGGACUUUGUUGCAAAUGGUACUUUUUUAGAUGCUACAUUUAGCGAAAGUAUAUGUUGGCUAUUUAUUUAUCAUCCUAGGUUUAGAGACUGUCUAUUGCAGCUUUGUUUUCUGAUAUAUCUUUCUUAACAAAAGCAAACAAAGUGCCUAACAGAAAACAGAUUUUCAUGAUUCAUGAAAAAGUUGAAUUUUAUUUUAAUGUUCACAGCCAUGUUUUUACAAGGUACAAAGAUUUUUAGAAGCAUGAAAAGUUAGGAAAAGAGUGAGUUUAUGUGUGUGCGUUCAUGUGUGUGUAUAUGUGUUGGUGUAUUUGUGAAUGUUUCACAAGGUACAAAGAUUUUUUAGAAGCGUGAAGACUUACGAGUGUGUGCGUGCCUGUGCGUGCCUGUGCGUGUGUGUGCGUGUGCGUGUAUGCGUGCGUGUGCGUAUGCGUGUGUGUUUAUGCGUGCGUGUGCGUGUGCAUGUGCGUGUAUGCGUGUAUGCGUGCAUUUGUGUGUGUGUGUGUGUGUGUUUAUUUGUUUGUGAGUAUGUGUGUGUAUUUGUUUGUGAGUAUGUGUGUGUAUUUGUUUGUGAGUAUGUGUGUGCAUUUGUUUGUGAGUGUGUGUGUAUUUGUUUAUGAGUAUGUGUGUGUGUGUGUGUUUUGGUGUGCAUGUAAAUGUGUGUUUAUUAGUUUGCUGCUUGUUUUUUGGUUAGUGUUUAUUCUGUAUUUAUGUUUAUAUGUGUAUGUAGGAAGGCAUGCAUUAUAAAUGGAAACAUAUUUGUGAUUAUGAAUAUAUCUAUGUAUGUGUCUGUAGGUGAUACCUGAGAAACAAUGAAAUAUUUUUCAAAUAACUUGUACUGUUCCCACUCUAGAUUUUUUUAAUUUCCAAUCUUCUCACUGGCAGCUUUGUACUUCCAGCCAUAUUACCAAAAUAACAUCCUUCCACAUUACCCAUCCAUACAGCAUCAUUGCUUCCCAUCAAAACUGAUAUUGAUAAAAGAUUUCAUGCAUUUCUCUCCCUUAUUUGUCCAUAUAGAGAUGUUCUAAAAUGCAUUAUGCAAUUUUUUAGUGUAAUUACUUCCUAGCCAACUACUCAGAUGCAGGAAAAGCAUCUUGUGUUAAAUUAUUUAUGUGGGGAGGCAGUGACUGUAACACGGAUCCUUGACUUUUAAUAUACCAAGUUCUAUGUUACUGUGUAUAUCAAUUUCAUGUGAAGAGAAUAGAUUUAGAUUUGUACAAGUGAUAUGCAUAUAUUGAUGUUACUUGUAGCAGCUUAUAUUAAUCUUUCUCCAAGUAUUUGCGAAAAGAAAAGUUCACCCCCAAUGAGUGCCAUUUAGCUUGCUGUAUACAUGUCCAGUUCAUCACUAUUUUUAGUACAUUAAAAGUACUGACUAAAAAUGUAAUUAUUGUGUAGAUAUUUGAUAUGCUUACAAACCAAAAGUUAUUUACAAAAGAUAUGGCAAAUACAACAGGUGUGUUAGGUUAAAUUAAGCAUACACAUUUGCAUGGAUUCUCUUUCAGCAUUAUUGUCAAAUCCUAAGAAAUAUCUUAGCCAGCCUCAUUAUUCCCUGGAAUUCCAGAAUAAGAGGACAUUUAUAAAAAAUGUUGGGAACCUUAAUAUUUUUUUUACUGUCAGAGAUACUGGAUUGGACUGAAGGAAGUGCUUGAUUCCCAAUUUUAUUUGUUUAUUCUUUUCGUCUGGUAAUUGAUGUAUUCAGCAGUUGUCAUAUUUCUUUUAAAUUAGAUGAACUGAAUUUGAUUCUUAAAAUGUUUUUAAAGGUAUUACUACAUCAAUAAUUCAGUUUAAUCAUACCUACAGUGUAUCUAAUAUUCAAUUUACACUUGUGAUUUCAACAUUAAAAAUUUCAUUGAAUAGUGAGUUAUUUUUUAUAUUUUAAAAAUCAAUAGAUAAAGAAGCAGGCUUUCAGUGCCAAAUCCCAGAAUCUUUAGUUAUUGUUUUAAUGCCAUAAGCUAUUUUGAACUACAACAACAUAAUGAAGUAAGCAGUAGGGUAUUUCUUUGAACUAUAGACAGGUUGCAAUACAUAAUUUUUGUGCAGCAAUAUAAUGCAUAUUGAGUAAUGUAGCAGAUUACUCCUCCUCCUACUCCUGUUCAUCUUAUUCAUCAUCCUCUUCCACUCCCUCCUCCUCCUUCUUCCUUUUCCUCCUCCUCUUUCUUCCUCCUCCUUCC